GCCUGGGCGAGUACGGGAGGUGGCUCCCUUGGUGGAGGCCAUGUAUGGGGAGGUAAUCAAUCUCCGCAAGAUUGAUCCCCAUAUAAACGCCGACAUGCAGCCAGGUCGUGCGUUGAACACAGUUUCGAUUUUCUCCAGCUUCCAAGACGCACUUCAGACCAACUUCCCCAGACCGGGACUCCACAAUUCUUGUUUCGACAUUCAUUGAAUAACAAGCGAGAGAAUAGGAUCCACAUAUUGCUGGUCUCCACUGCUUGCAGAUUAGUCAACAUCGAUUGGAUUACUUGACGUUGAUGUGAUCGAUAGCGAGACACAUCGCAAUCGUCAACGAAAUUUCAACAUUGUCAUAGAAUGGGUAUCGCCCUUGCGAAUCGACCACAGCGGGAACGCUACGCAGUCAAGAAGCCGAUGGAAGACUUCGUCCCUUUACAUCAGCAUUGGCUUCAACGGACGCCGACAGAGUUCCUGCAACAGCAUGUCAACAACGAAUGGGAGACUAGCAUCGGUCAGCCUCUGUUACGAAAAAUCCGCUACUUCAGCUUCACCAUCCGAGCUUUCGUUUUCCGAGGCGAGAAACUCUUUUUGACGAAUCGCAACAGCACUUCCGGUCUGGCAGAAGAACUCACAGUCCCGACUGAUCACUUCGAUGUGACUGUAUGGGCUCAAAGCGAAGAUGAACCACCGCUGUAUCUGGUGAAUCAGCAAGAAGAGCGAUCCAUCGCUGAUCACAUACGGACUGUCCUCUCAUCACGAUACCAACACCCCAACAUCCUUCAAAAUGCACGCUUCUUGGACGAAUUCUCCAAUGCGGAGCCUCUCGUGCGAAGACGAAUGGAAGCCAAAACCUGGGGCGAAGAGGAGACUUACCUUUGCAACCUCGAAAUGUCAAUCAUCAUGUCCAAAUACGAUGGCUCGUUAGGUAACGGCCCAGCUUUCCGCUGGAUCACAGCAGAAGACGCCGCUUCAUCGAUUGGCGGGCAUGAAUUACAGUUCGUUGCAGGGCUCGACAAAGAGCAUGUCCAAGAUAUGUUCGCUCGAUAUCGUACUUGUCGCGAAAAUCAAGCAUUCCAAGAACACUGCACAGAAGAAAUCAGAGCCAUCCUCCGAGCGCGAUGGAAAUCGAAUGAAGUCGAUCGAUCGAAUCGUUUUGGCAUCGUGGCAAGAAGAGUAGCAUUGGAAGGACAAGGUGUUUUCUUAUUCACCAUGACUUCCACAGAUGCCGCCGUGAGGAAAGAAGCCACGGAGAUGGUGUACGAGUCGAUACGAUAUCAGAUCAUCGGCCGUUUUGCCAUUGAAGCCGUGCAAUUGAAGCCAGAAAUCGAAGUGUGGGCUCCUGCAGUCGGUGUAGAUGGAAGGCUGAUAGCGCAUUGGUGUGAUGGCUUGUCCAAUGGUUCCUCGUUUCUGGUACUGACAUAAUGAUGGCGGCAUCUUCGGAAGGAUCUGAAGAGAUCAGCGAUACCAGCAAUAUGUACGAAUGAAUGAAUUACGAAAGUCGUGCGCCGCGGGCGCCGUAAUGUGAUGACGGACCAAUGACUUGGGACAAAAGGCUGUUUCUCUCCGCUGCGCGGAAUAGC